CCUCGGCCCGCCAGGGAUGAAGGCGGCCCAGGCCGAGGGCGAGGAGGCGUCGCCCGGCGGGCGCACCGUCAAAGUGGUCGUGGUGGGCGACGGGGGCUGCGGGAAGACGUCGCUGCUCAUGGUCUUUGCCGACGGGGCCUUCCCCGAGAGCUACACCCCGACAGUGUUUGAGCGGUACACCGUCAAUCUGCAGGUGAAGGGUAAACCUGUUCAGCUCCAAAUCUGGGACACAGCAGGGCAAGACGACUAUGACCGCCUUCGGCCCCUGUUCUACCCUGAUGCCAGCGUCCUACUCCUCUGCUUUGACGUCACCAGUCCAAACAGCUUUGACAACGUCUCUAACAGGUGGUACCCGGAGGUGACACAUUUCUGCAAGGGAGUGCCCAUCAUUGUCGUGGGCUGCAAGACGGACCUGCGCAAGGAUAAGGUGCUGGUGAACAAGCUGCGGAAAAAUGGGUUGGAGCCCGUGACCUACCACAGGGGCCAAGAUAUGGCAAGAUCUGUGGGCGCAGUGGCUUAUCUUGAAUGUUCUGCCCGACUUCAUAACAACGUCCAAGCUGUCUUCCAGGAGGCAGCUGAGGUAGCUCUCAGCAGCCGUAGUCGCAACUUCUGGCGGCGGAUUACUCGGAACUUUUGCGUAGUGACCUGACUGGCUUUGAGCCCAUCCUUCCACCCACUGCCCCAGCAGCUAGAGAAAGACCCAGGUGCUGACCUUCUGCCCCAUUGGCUGGGCUGGACCCAGUCCCAGACUGGGCUAAUAGAACUACACUUCCACAUAUGGGGUCCACUGAGACCAGGCCCUGGGGUCUGGGAACCCUGGACUAAGGGAGUUCCCAGGUCCCCAACUCUGGAACCAGGAACAGAAGUCCAGAGCCCAGCCCUGAACCAGGAUCCUGGUGAGGUCUGUGCAGCCUUAUCUGGCACCAUCUGGUGGUGGUUCCAGAAAUUGCACCCAUAGGAUCUGAGGUUUUUAACAUCCCACACCUUGCCCCUUUCCUUUCUUCCUAUUCAUCCUGUUCGUAAGUGUUACAACAAAAUGACAUCACAUGUUA